ACUGUAUAUCGUACACAGAUUCUGGGUCUGGGUGGGGGAGAAGAAAAAUGAGUGGAGGACGAAAUCGGAAUUUAAAAAAAAUUGGAAAUGAUAUUUAGUUCCAAUGAGUCCAUGUUAUUUGCAUUGUCUUGUACUUGGAAAGUGACGAAAACAAAGACUCAUUCAGCACUAGAGUCAAAAAAAACAAUGGAAGAAGAAGGAAUAGGGUUAGUGUUAGCGAGAGCCACAGAACUUAGGUUGAAGAUCAACAACUGCAUCCAAAAACCAACUUCUUCUCCUAAUGGUCUCCUCGAAGACGAUGAAGACGAGGAUGCUACUGAUAGGCUUCUUAACAUUUGCGAUGCACUCGAAGCUUUGGAGACUCAGCUUUCUUCUCUGCAGGUUCUGCAACAACAGCAGCGGUACGAAAGAGAAAUUGCCUUGGCUGAGAUUGAAAACAGUCGCAAAGUGUUAAUUAACAAGCUCAAGGAGUAUAAAGGAAAAGAUUUGGAAGUGAUACAUGAAGCUUCCACUUUUGCCAGUGAAACUGUGGAGCCAAACAAUGAUCUACUACUUCCUCCUUAUCCAACCCGCCCUCCCUAUUCCAUGUCUCUUGACAAGCAAUAUCUGUCACAGAUCCCUUCUGUCAAUAAGUCCGGUCGCAAUGGAUUAAUCACACUUGAUAACGUAAUCGAUGCUAAAAAGAAUCCAAAUGAAAAAGAGCAAAAUUAUGUUGAAGAUGGGGCUAAAAAUUCAAGAAAAGGUUUACGAUUUUUUAUAACUUCUGCAGCAAAAGCAGUGGUCACAGUUAUUGGUGUGGUAUCAAUAUUGAGUAUGUCAGGAUUUGGUCCUAAUUUGCUGAAGACUCGUUGGAAUGUACAACGCAGGCAUCACAGACUAGAAAAUGAGAAUGGGAGAUCUACCAGUGAAAAUAAGGGUGAUGGACAGUGUCCACCUGGUAGAGUUUUGGUGCUGGAAAAUGGGGAGGCUCGAUGUCUUGUGAAAGAGAGAGUUGAAAUUCCAUUUUCAGCUGUUGCUGCAACACCUGAUAUAAACUAUGGAUGUGGUCUGAUUGCUCCACCAGCUAAGCAAAUGUUUUCAUUCUUAAAAGAUUCAAAUGUUCCUUUGGAGCAAAAUCCUAAGCUUAAGCCUCAUGCUAUGUCUGUUUUUCUCAUGACAUGUGAAUCAGCAGUUCAGCUGCGUAAGGCUGGUAAAGUCAGAGUGAGAGAAUCAAAUUUGAAGAAGUUAGGUGCCACUCAUUUCAAAACUGGUGUGCAAGAUGAACAUUUUGAGGUAACAAAACAAGCUCUUUUGGAGACAAUAGAAGAAGCAAUACCUGAAAUGUGGUCUCUAGCUAUGAAAAAUGCAUGGGCAGAAGCUCAUGAUCAGCUUGCCAAUGCCAUCAAAGUUGAAAUGAAAGAAGCUCAUGAUCAGAUGGACAAUGCCAAUUUGAUAAUUAACAUGGAAGAGAACACAGGCAGUUGUUUCACUGAGGAACAAGAAGCUCUAGUGGUGAAGUCAUGGAAUGCAAUCAAGUACAACUCUGGAGAUCUGAGUCUCAAGUUUUUCAAGAAAAUCCUUGAGAUUGCUCCACCAGCUAAGCAAUUGUUCUCAUUCUUAAAAGAUUCAAAUGUUCCAUUGGAGCACAAUCCUAAGCUCAAGCCUCAUGCCAUGUCUGUCUUUCUUAUGACAUGUGAAUCAGCAGUUCAACUACGUAAGGCUGGUAAAGUCACUGUUAGAGAAUCAAACUUGAAAAAGUUAGGUGCCACUCAUUUCAAAACUGGUGUAAAAGAUGAGCAUUUUGAGGUAACAAAGCAAGCCCUUUUGGAGACAAUAAAAGAAGCAUUACCUGAAAUGUGGUCACCAGCUAUGGAAAAUGCAUGGGGAGAAGCCCAUGAUCAACUGGCCAAUGCCAUCAAAGCUGAAAUGAAAAAAACUGAUCAUGAUCAUCAGACCAAUCACGUAACCCUUACCCUUCAGAAUAUGGGCACUUUGGAUACAAAAGGUUUCACUGAAGAACAAGAAGCUCUUGUGGUGAAGUCAUGGAAUGCAAUGAAGAAGAAUUCUGCUGAGUUAGGACUAAAGCUUUUCUUGAAAAUAUUUGAGAUUGCUCCAUCAGCUCAAAAACUGUUCUCAUUCUUGAAAGAUUCAAAAGUUCCUUUGGAGAAAAACACCAAGCUCAAGCCACAUGCCAUGUCUGUCUUUCUCAUGACAUGUGAAUCAGCAGUUCAAUUGCGAAAAUCCGGUAAAGUUACGGUCAGAGAAUCAAGCUUGAAAAAAUUAGGUGCUAACCAUUUUAAAUAUGGUGUAGUAGACGAGCAUUUUGAGGUGACAAAGUUUGCACUUUUGGAGACCAUAAAAGAAGCAGUACCUGAAAUGUGGUCACCGGCUAUGAAGAAUGCAUGGGGAGAAGCUUAUGAUCAGUUGGUCAAUGCAAUCAAAUCUGAAAUGAAACCUUCCUCUUAAACUCUCUUUGAGUUUAUAUAGUUCCUUUCUUCCCGAAUUGAAUAAGAUUGAUAUAGAAAGAAAGCCAUUCAGAGUUUAUAUAGUUAUUAAAUAAAUAUUAGUUUUUUGGUCUGUAAUUUUCUUGUCUGAAUAUAAUAUACUUUAUGUUAUUAAUUGAGUUUGCUAGGUUAAGUGUUUGUAUUUUACUUACAAUUCAGCAAUUGGAUUUGAUCGUGUGACUAUAUAGCAGUUGUAUUAUUAUUUUUAUUUUUUUCAUUUGAGGGAAUAAAGCUUUUAUUUUUAUUUUUUA